AUGCUGGUGGUCCUCUUCGACCCUGACACGCUUCUCCACCAAACCGUUGAACUGUUAGGGUCCAAACUGAUCCCUGCUUUGGAGUCCCCGAAACGCCUUGAGGCCAUCCUCAAAUCGCUGCGUAUCUCCGAGCAUGAUGUUUGCACGAUCCGGGCCAGCUCGGGCGACAGAGGAGAAGGGAAGGCACGUUUGUUCAGGGUCAUCUCGGAAAGUCACCACAAUGGUUACCUAGAGCAUCUCCGAGACGUGCACGACGAAUGGGUCUCAGCAGGACUGAUCGAGCAAGACGGCCAUGUCAUGCCCGAGUGUUUCUGGCUGCCCACCAGCACAGGCAAACCCAUGCGACCACCUAGAGACCCUUUUGCCCGAGCCGGAUACUACGCUUUCGAUAUGAGCUCCGGUAUCAUGUCAGAAAGCUACCAGGCUAUCAUUGCCUCUGCAAAUCUCGCUUAUGAAGGGACAGACAUGCUGUCAGGAUUCUCUGUGAACGCAUCUGGCUCCGAUGUUGACACUGUACUGGCACUCUGUCGACCUCCAGGUCACCACUGUGAUGGCCGGCGAGCCGGAGGUUAUUGCUACAUCAACAACGCCGCUCUGGCCGCAAGUACAUGGCGAGCUAGUCACUCGGACGCUCAGAUCGGGAUUCUCGACAUUGACUUCCACCACGGCAACGGCACCCAGGAGAUAUUCUAUGCCGACCCCAAAGUCUUGUACGUAAGUAUUCAUGGGGAAGACGAGUUUCCGUACUACACUGGUGCCGAGGACGAGUGUGGCAUUGGUGCUGGUGAGGGGGCGAAUAUUAAUUUCCCACUCAAAGUCGGCAGUUCCGUGGAAGAGUACAUGGAGAAACUGGAGCAGGCGUUGCAGCACUUGCUCGAUUUCAAACCGGAGUUUCUCAUCGUGAGCCUGGGGUUUGACACGUACCAUUCGGAUCCGCUGGGACAUUUCCAGAUCCAUACGGAGGAUUACGCGACAAUUGCAGAAACCAUACGGCGGAAGCUGAAGGAUGUGCCGGCCCUGAUCCUGCUUGAGGGGGGUUACGUGAUUGAACAUCUGGGGGCCAAUGUGCUGUCAUUUCUGAAGGGGUGGAAAUCCGUAUAG